AUGCCACAGAUAGAACUGAUGCAGAGUGACCUUCCGCACACCCUCUACAGGAGCAGAAAGGACAAGGUGACCGAAGAGGAUGUCAUCUUGGAUGAUACGGCUUUCCAGAAGAAGAUUGCGAAUAUCGAGUCUGCUGCUCAGAAGCUCAACGCCACGGUGACCCAAUUGCUUCAGAUACAGGCGAGCAUCGCUGCGACAUCAGACAGUGAUGUCCAGAAUGCGAGGGCGCAGAACAGGAUUCUUGUCGACAAUGCGAAGGCGCAGGAGAAGAUACGCAGGGAAGCUGAGAAGACGGUGCUUGCGCAGCAGAAGAAUGCCGAGGCUUUGAGGAGGACGAGGGAGAGUGUAGACAUUGCCUUGGAGAACGAGAGGGCAAGGGCGAGUGAGAGGACGGCAGCAGCAACCGCAAAGACGGCAGCUGCGCAGAUUAAGUUGAAUCAGUCUCUUGCUCAAAGUUCAAGUUCCAUCUCCAGUCAGUCCAGACUCCUCAGGGAGAUGACGGCAUUGGCGGGGUCAUAUGUCUCCAUUCUCGGUGCCACAAGGCUUGUCAAGAACCUCGUCAAUGUAUCUGCGGAGUUUGAGUUGCAGAGAACCACUUUGGUUGCGAUUCUCGGUGAUGUAGAGCAGGCGAACAAGCUCUUCGGGCAGAUGAAGGAGUUGGCGGUGAUGUCUCCGUUCCAGUUCAAGGAACUCGCGUCCUAUGCGAAGCAGUUGUCUGCAUAA